AUGGGUUUUAAAUAUUUACAAAUUAACAAAAAAUUGUUACCAAUAAAAACUCAUUAUUUUUUUUGGAACGCAGGUCUAUCCACAAUUCAACCUCACUUAAGCUCAUAUGCGCGACAAUUGGGAUUUUCCAGUGUAGUUGUUGGCUUCCUUUUUACAGUUAUGCCUAUAAUGUCGAUAAUAUUUAGACCUUUAUUGGGAAUGGCAGCAGAUAAGUUUAAUCGUCAAAGAGAAUUAUUUAUUGGUUCGCAAAUACUACUUUUGGUAUCUUCUAUGGGUAUACUUUUCAUUCCAGCUUUAGAUGUUAAGCAUGCUUCUGUGAACUUAUUAUGUUCAUCUGAUCAAACUGCAGUAUUACAGAUACCAGAAAAAGUUAUAAAUAAUUGUACCUUAAAUAGAUACAAAACGCAUAAAGAAUUUGAGAUUAUAAAGCUUAGAGAUGAGAACAACAUGGAUACAAGUGAAUUUAUAGGAACAUUUUUGACAGAGAAGAUCGUGGCUAGCUAUGACUUUUUAAAAGUCCCAAUAAAACAAAUUAUAGAUGAAAACAGUACAGUUUUUUUGUGCAGUGAAACAAAUGGAACUUCUUAUCAAAUUUAUAAUGAACACUUCAAUAAUUAUAUUUAUUAUCCCGAGAUAGGCACAGAACAUAUUAAUACAAAAUACUGGUAUUGGUUAUUUUUUACUGUAAUGGUAUGUUUUAAUAUAGGUUAUGGGACUGUUACUUCUUUAGCUGAUGCCGUUUGUUUUGAUUUAUUAGAAGAUAAUCCAAGUAAAUAUGGCCAACAAAGACUCUUCGGCGCCUUAGGAUGGGGCAUAUUUUCUGUAAUUUCAGGAUUUGUUACUGACCUUUUGAGCGAUGGCAGACCAAUUUUAGAUUACUCUUUCUGUUUUUAUACAUCAUUUGUAUUAAUCUGUAUAGAUAUUAUCGUUUGCAUAAAAAUGGAGUUUAGUCAGAACAAAACUUCAAAAACCUUUAUCCGAGAUAUAGGCCAGUUUUUCUUAAAUAUUAGAAACAACGUAUUUUUCAUAUGGUGUGCAUGUCUGGGAAUUUGUACUGCAUUAAUGUGGCAGUUUUUGUACUGGUUAAUUGAAGAUUUAUUAUCUAAAGAAGAUUGUAAUUUACAGUAAGUAUUAAAAAUUCUGAACAAUCUGAACAAAUUACAAUUUAUAGAAACCAUUAUGGGAGAGAUACCAUGCUUCUUUUUCUCUGGUUGGAUCAUGAAGAAAUUUGGAUACACCAACAUAAUGUCGCUAAUUCUAUUAUGUCUUGGAAUAAGAAUUUUUUUGUAUUGUGUGAUCCCGAAUCCCUGGUGGUUUCUACCAGUUGAACUUAUGAAUGGUAUUGAUUUUGGAUUAUGUUUUUGUACUAUGGCUUCUUACGCCAGCAGUAUUGCCCCAGAAGGUACCGAAUCUACUAUGCAGAGUUUAGUUGGAGCCAUUUAUGAAGGAAUUGGUAUCGCCAUAGGAAGUUCUGUUGCAGGAAUAUCAUAUAAGGAACAUGGAGGAGUCAAAACUUUUAAAUAUUUUGCUUAUUUUGCUUUAAUUGCAGCUAUUCUUCAUGUCAUUAUUCAAUAUACCCUUAAAUGUAAAAGUAAAAAAAAAUUAGAUAGUAAAUAA